AUGCGCGCGACACCACAGGCUUUCAUGUGCGCCGGCGGGUUCUCUGGGACCCCCCGGCGUCUCUGCCCCGUGCUGGAAGCGGCCUUAUCGAAGGCGCAGACGGUGUGGAAUUUAGACUUCGGAGGCUCCCCCACAACGCAGAAGCUCACGUUUCACCAGAACAAGUACCCGUCGGUGCCAAUGUUUCAAGUGUUGAACCGCGACGGAAGCACGGACAACCCAAGUGCGGAGCCAGAGGUGCCGAAGGAGACGUUGGUCAAAAUGCUGGAGACAAUGUUGCGUCAGCAUACCAUUGACACUAUUCUGAUGGAGGCGCAGCGACAGGGUCGUAUUUCAUUUUACAUGACAAGUCAUGGGGAGGAGGCAUCGAUUGUGGGGACUGCCGCGGCCCUAUGUGACGGUGACGAUAUAUUCAUGCAGUAUAGGGAGGGGGCGGCUCUCAGCUACCGUGGCUACACAAUCUCUGAGAUGGUGGCCCAGUGCAUGGGCAACAUCGAGAAUGAGCUUAAAGGCCGUCAAAUGCCCAUCCACUAUGGCUCACAAGAACUACAUGUUCAUGUGGUUGGCUCUGCACUGGCGACGCAAAUUCCACAUGCGGCCGGUGCUGGCUACGCGUUUCGCCUUGAAAACUUACAUGAAAAGGAUAAUACCAAGAAGCGUAUUGCUGCAACUUACUUUGGCGAAGGUGCCGCUAGCGAGGGAGAUUUUCACGCCGGCGUGAACUUUGCCGCUACGAUGGGGUCCAAUACGCUUUUCUUUGUCCGCAACAAUGGCUACGCCAUCUCCACCCCGACGUCUUCACAGUACGCUGGCGAUGGUAUCUUUGCCCGGGGCCUAGCUUACGGCAUUCCCACCGCCCGCGUGGAUGGACACGACGUUUUGGCGGUAUAUCACACAGUGCGUGAGGCCCGUGAGAUCAUUUGCACGACAAACCAGCCUGUUCUUGUGGAGGCCUUGACGUACCGUGCCUCUCACCACUCUUCCUCGGAUGACAGCACAAGUUACCGUUCCCAGGAGGAAACAGAGGAGUUCACAGAGGUUUUUGCACCAAUUCCUCGGUUUGAAAAUUAUAUGGUGAAAAAGGGGCUGUGGAGCCCCGAACAGUCGCAGCGUCUGACGCAGCAGGUGCGGAAGGAAACUCUUCACGAGCUGCGCAGGCAGGAGAAAUUGCCCCAUUGGCCGGUGUCUUCGAUGCACGACGACGUCUACAAGGAAAUGACACCGGAGAUGCAGAAGGCGCAACAGGAACUGGAGGACCACUACGCACGGAACAGGGAGGCAUACAAAGUGUGA